AAACAUCAGUCGCAUGGUCUUUGUAACAAGUCGACUGACCACCUUGCAAUCAAUCACCCAAUCGGCACUGAGACGCUCUAGAUCAACACCUGCUAGCACCAUGCUCACUAAGAAAGCCUACAAGACAGGUUCCACUGCCCCCGAACCUCCGAAGAAUGGUGUUAUCCGUCUCAUCAGUAACCGGUUCUGUCCGUACGCACACAGAACAAGGCUCUGCUGGCUGCCAAGGGGAUCGAUUACGAGACCGUCAACGUCUGUUUAGCCAAAAGGCCGGAGUGGUUCUUCUCCAUCAACCCCCUGGCCAAGGUGCCCACCCUGCAGCAUGACGGCAAAGUCGUGUACGAGUCCCUGGUGUGUAACGAGUACGUGGACCGGGUCUUCCCGGGCAGGAAGCUGUUACCGGAGGAGCCUCUGGAGAAGGCACGGAUCGGGAUGCUGCAGGCCAUCUGGGACGCCAAGAGCGGGCCCAAUUUCAUGAAAGUCACCAUGACGAAAGGAGAGGAACGGCAGAAAGCUUUCGAGGUCUUGAAGGAAGGACUGUCCUUCUUCGAGAAGCACCUUGGCACAAGCGAGACACCUUUCUUCGGUGGUGAACAGCCCCGUUUCCUUGACUACAGCAUCUGGCCGUGGUUCGAGCUGAUUGAGCUGUUCCUCACUGACGAUGACGUAAAACUGCAAGAAGCCGAGUUCCCAAGAGUCUUUGCGUGGCAGGCCGCCAUGUUUGAUCGCCCAGAGGUGAAGAUCUGUGCCUGCGAGUUGUCUGUUUGGACCAAAUACGUCGCAAGCGCCCGAGCAGGGAACCCAGAUUCGGACAUUGGUCUAGACGACAGUGACUGAACCUUUACAGGAAAGGAAGGAAGGAAGAACGGAAGGGAUGAAGGAAGAGGGAUGAGGAGAAAGGGGGAGGGAAGGAA